AUGAAUGGUCCUUCGACAGCGGCACGACAGCAUCAACAGCAGCAGCAGCAGCGCCAGCAGCAGCAGCAGCGCCAGCAGCAGCAGCAGCGCCAGCAGCAGCAGCAGCGCCAGCAGCAGCAGCAGCAGCAGCAGCAGCAGCAGCGCCAGCAGCAGCAGCAGCAGCAGCAGCAGCAGCAACUUGUUUACCCUCGGGACCGCGAGCGCUCUUUGCGGGAAAGCGAACGCAUGCCCUACAAGGCUCCGGAGCUGCUGCUGCUGCGUCAGCAGCAGCAGCAGCAGCAGCAGCAGCAGCAGCAGCAGAACUACGGCUUUGAGGUGGACAUUUGGUCUGCUGCUGUUGUCUUCUUCGAACUUGUUGCUGCUGCUCCUCCCUUUUGCUGCAGCAGCGAGCUGCUGUACUUUCUAGAGUGCUGCAGACUGCUGGGGACCCCCACCACGAGGCAGCAGUGGCUGCGGAUCCUGAGCCCCCCGCAGCAGCAGCAGCAGCAGCAGCAGCAGCAGCAGCAGCAGCAGCAGCGGCAGCGGGAGGGGGAGGAGGAGGAGCCGGGGGAAAGAGAAGCAGCAGAAGAAAAAGCAGCUGCUGCUGUUUGCCCAAUGCUGUGGCUGGAGCUGCUGCCGCUGUGGCCGGCCCCGCGCUGGCAGCAGCUGCAGCAGCUGCUGCAGCAGCAGCAGCAGCAGCAGCAGCGGCAGUGGGCUGCACAAAUACGCGAAUGCGGCACGCAGCAGGAGCAGCAGCAGCUGCAGCAACUGCUGCAGCGCCUCGACCUCCUGCAGCAGCAGCUGCAGCAGCAGCAGUCCUCCAGCAACGCUGCCCCAGCCACAGCAGCAGCAGCAGCAGCAGCAGCAGCAGCAGCAACGCUAAGUGAAGAUAAUGCAACAGAAGCAGAAAAGAUUCUGCUGCAGUUCGGCCGCCUCAUUGGGCCGGCGCCGCUGCUGCUGCUGCAGCAAACUUUGACAAUAGACAGGACACAGAGAAUAUCAGCAGAGAAGGCACUGCAGCUGCUGCAGCUGUGCAUAGAAAUCGAGAUUUGCAGCAGCCGCAUAGAGACAACAGCAGCAAGGGCUGCAGCUCGAGCAGCAGCAGCAGCUGUUGGAGCACCAGCAGCAGCGGCAGCAGCAAUAGCAGCAGCAGCGAUAGCAGCAGCAGCAGCAGCACCGCAAGAAGCGGUCCUGACACCCAAGGACUGCAGCAGCAGCAGCAACAGCAGCAGCGGCAGAAGGUUCGACAGCAGCAGCAACGCAAAGCGCAGCGACAUCACCAGCAGCAGCAUCAGCAGAUGCAGCAGCCGCGGCAGCAGCAGCAGCAUGACUCGCAGCUGGAGGUUGCAGACGCCGAGCAGCAGCAGCAGCAGCAGCAGCAGCAGCAGCAGCAGCAGCAGCAGCAGCAGCAAAUGCAUUGACAACAGAAGCAGCAAGCAGCAGGAUGCGGCUACCGAAACUUAUAGUCCCAGCAGCAGCGGCGACAGCAGCAGCAGCAGCAGCAGCAGCAGCAGCAGCAGCAGCAGCAGCAGCAGCAGCAGAGAGAUCCCCUGUUGGCCUGCUAUAGUUAAGCUGGCCUAUAAGUGCUGCUACCGCAGCAACGAGCAGCAGCAAAAAGAAAAGGAGGCGAAGCAGCGGCUGCUGCUGCUGCUGCAGCGAAUCGAAAAACAAAAUUGCCGAGGGCAGCAGCAGCAGCAGCAGCAGCAGCAGCAGCAGCAGCAGCAGCAGCAGCAGCAGCAGCAAAAAGCAGAGUGCAACGCUCUAUGGGAGGAAGCCAAAAACCUGCUGCUGCCUUUCCUUGAAGUAUCUAUGGACACCCUAGUCGCGCUGCAGCACGAGUUCCAACUGCAGCAGCAAACGCUGCAUGCUGCUGCGAUGUACGUACACCUCGUGCUGCAGCAGCAGCUGGUAGAAGAGACAGCAGCACAUUUGCUGCUGCAUAAGAAAGAAGCGGAGAAGCUGCAGCAGAAACUGCUGCUGUUGCAGCAACAGGAGGCACAUCUACAACAGCAGCAGCAGCAGCAGCAGCAGCAGCAACUGCAGCAGCAGCAGCAGCAACGCUUGCUGCCGAGGAUGUCUCUUUCCCUGCAAAGCAAACGUGUGGUUGCAGCAGCAGCAGCGCCAGAAGCAGCAGCAGCAGCAGCAGCAGCAGCGAGCAGGUGUGUCAGGUCGCAGCGCUUCUCCCAGGCAGUCAGCAGCAGCAAUAGCAAGAGCAGCAGCAGCAGCAGCAGCAGCAGCAGCAGCAGCAGCAGCAGCAGCCGCAGCAGCCCAGACGCAGAAGCAGCAACCAGCACAGCCAGCAAACGCCUACAACUCAAUGCUGUGGCAGCAGCAGCAGCAGCAGAAGCAAAACAAUCCACUGCAGCGCCCAGCCAACAAAGUACCACCACUGGCAGCAGCAGCAGCAGCAGCAGCAGCAGCAGCAGCUCUGGUGCGUGGCAGCAGCAGCAGCAGCAGCAGGUAGCUGCGGAGCUACCUACAGACUCACUAGAAGGUGGCAGCCAUUUGCUGAAGCAGCGGAAAAGGCAUUCAGCAGCAGCAGCAGCAGCAGCAGCAGCAGCAGCAGCAGCAGGAGCAGCAGCAGCAGGAGAGCAGCAACAAGUGGAAGAGCUGCUGCUGCUGCACCUGACUGCUGCAGCAACAGUCCCCAAAGCUGUGCUGCAGCGCCUCUGCUGCUGCUGCCUUGCUGCAGCAAAAGUUGCUGAUGUCUUUUUCGAAAGAAGCCAAGAGUAUUACAAAACAAAUAAUGCUGCUGCUUACGCGGAGUCAGCAGCAGCAGCAGCAGCAGCAAACGCAUUCAAGAACCAGUACGAAGCAGUUCUCGCAGCUGCGGCAACUGCUGCUGCUGCUGCUGCAGCGGUAGCAGCAGCAGCAGCCAGCAGCAGCAGCAGCAGCGGCAGCCGACCAAAGCAGCAGCAGCAGCAGCAGCAGCAGCAGUGUGGGAGUGGGGCGCCUUGGGCUGACGGCAGCGCUUUAGAUGCAGCAGCAGCAGCAACGCCCCUGGCAGCAACACGAGCAGCAGCAGCAAGAGCAGCAGCAAGAGCAGCAGCACAAACAGCAGCAGCAACAGCACAAACAGCAGCAGCAGCAGCAGCUCGCGCUGCAGUGGAGCCCCUAGAGCUGCUGCUGACAGCAGAGCUGCUGCUAGCUGAAGAGGAACGGCUGCUGCUGCUGCUGGACUUCGAUUUGCUGCUGCCGAUGUCUUCUUUUGCUGCUCUUUCUUCUCUGUGGCAAAUAGCUGAGGCUUCCUCUGCUGCAAUUGCCACCCGCGUGCUGCAGCAGCAGCAGCAGCAGCAGCAGCAGCAGCAGCAGCAGCAGCACAAGCAGCAGCAGCAGCAGCAGCAGCAGCAGCAGAUGUGUUUUUGUCCUGUUGCCCUAGAGGCCCUGAGCGCUUGUCCCGCGUGCUCGCCUUUGCUGCUGCAGCAGCAGCAGCAGCAGCAGCAGCAGCAGCAGCUGCUGCUGCUGCAGCAGCAGCAGCAGGAGUACGUGCGCUGCAAAGACAGCAAGUGCUGCAGCAGCAGCAGCAAGAGCAGCAGCAACAGCAACUGCAGCAGCAGCUGCAGCAGCAGCAGCAGCAACAGCAGUAGCAGCAGCAAUAGCCACACCGGCAGCAGCAGCAACAGCACCAAAGGAACAGUAUUAGCUGCUGUUGCAGCCGGAGCAACAGCAGCUGCAGCAGCUGCAGCAGCUGCAGCAGCAGCAGCAGCUGCAGCAGCUGGAGCAGCAGCAGCAGCAGCAGCAGCAGCAGCUGCAGCUGCUGCAGCAACAGCAGUUGCAGCAACAACAGCUGCAACAACAGCAGAUGCAGCAGCAGCAGACACAGCAACAGCGGCUGUAGCAACAACAGCUGCAACAACAGCAGCAGCAGCAGCAGCAGCAGCAGCAGCAGCAGCAGCUGCAGCAACAGGGACGGAGCAGAUGCAGCAACAGCAGAUGCAGCAACAGAAACAGCAGAUGCAGCAACAGCAACAGCAGCUGCAGCAGCAGCAGCUGCAGCAGCAGCAGCUGCAGCAGCAGCAGACACAGCAGCAGCAAAUGCUGAAUUUGGCGGCUAAACAAAUUCAGUUUUUUCUUUUUUACAAAAGUCCAUUUGCUAAUUUAUUAUUUGAAAUUAAUUUUUAA